AUGUCUCAAUCACUCCGCCCAUACCUCCAAUGUGUGCGCUCGUCGCUUACGGCAGCCUUGGCAAUCUCCAACUUUGCUUCUCAGACAUCCGAGCGUCAUAACGUCCCAGAGAUCGAGGCGCAGACAUCCCCCGAGCUUAUCCUGAACCCCUUGACAGUAUCGCGUAAUGCAGACGAGCGGGUUCUGAUUGAACCCUCGGUCAACAGUGUCCGAGUUUCGAUCAGGAUCAAGCAGGCGGAUGAGAUUGAGCACAUCCUGGUCCACAAGUUCACCCGUUUCCUGCAACAACGUGCUGAGUCCUUCUUCAUUCUCCGCCGGAAGCCUAUCAAGGGCUAUGAUAUUUCUUUCCUGAUUACCAACGUGCAUGUCGAAGCGAUGUUGAAGCACAAAUUGGUAGACUUUAUCAUUCAAUUCAUGGAGGAAGUCGACAAGGAGAUUUCCGAGAUGAAGUUGUUUUUGAAUGCUCGUGCUCGCUUCGUUGCUGAAUCUUUCUUGACUCCGUUCGACUAA